AUGAUAAGCAGAUUAAGACAUAUUUUCCUUAGGUCCUUCUCAUCUGACAAUAAAUCUCCUAUAGCAAUGGAAGACAAAGAAAGUCUAAGAAAGCGUUUAACUCCUCUGCAAUAUAAAGUGACUCAAGAAAGCUUCACGGAAUACCCAUUCACAUCAGAAUACACCGAUCAUCAUGAAUCUGGAAUUUACAAUUGUGUCGUUUGCGGGGUACAACUUUUUUCCUCUCAAUCAAAGUUUAACUCAGGAUGUGGCUGGCCUGCUUUUGAUGCUCCGAUGGACGCUAACCAAAUUAAAAAUCUUCAUGACAGUACUCAUGGGAUGCAAAGAACAGAGGUGAGAUGUCAAAACUGCGAUGCCCACUUGGGUCAUGUUUUUGAUGAUGGACCUACUGCAACAGGAAUUCGAUAUUGCAUUAAUGGGGCAUCUCUUCAAUUUACAAAAAAGUAA